UGUAAUCAGCUGAUGGCCUGCUCGCGCCGGUGUACGUGUGCAAAAAGUAAACGGCGAUAAACAAUUUUCCUUGCAAAUUUACAUAACGUUGCCUCUCUAUUUAUUGUUUGCCCAGUGGGAUUUCAGCACGUUUCGAGUUUAUUAUUCUGCAUAUUGGAUUUUUACACGAACCUCGCAACAUCACUUGUCUGACGCGAACCUACGAAUUGAGUACAAUAUUCGUUUCAAGCUUUUACUGCGGGAGCUCUGCAAACUUUGUGAUAACAUGGAGAAUAUAUCAAAAUUGUGGAUGGGACCAUUGCCAAAGGAUUCACCUUAUGUGAAACCAUUUAGACUCUACUAUGUACAGAAUGGUGUAGAAAAAAAUUGGGAUUUGUUGAAAGUACAUGAUAGUGUGGCUGUUAUUCUGUACAAUACAACACGACGUGUCCUAAUUUUUGUUCGCCAGUUUAGACCAGCUGUGUUCCAUAGUUUGAUUACUUCCAGUGGAUAUGAUGUGGCAGAAUUAGACCUGCAGAAAUUUCCGCCCAAUAUUGGUAUCACAUUAGAGCUGUGCGCUGGCAUUGUGGAUAAAAAUAAGAGCUGGCCUGAAAUUGCUCGUGAAGAGGUGUUGGAAGAGUGUGGUUAUGACGUACCCGUCGAACGGAUUGAAGAAGUGAUGACUUACAGGUCCGGUGUAGGCUCAUCUGGGGCAGCUCAAGUGAUGUAUUACUGCGAAGUUACCGAUAAUGAUCGAGCUACAAAAGGUGGUGGCGUUGACGAUGAGAUGAUUGAAGUUGUUGAGUAUACAGUUGAAGAAGCAAAACAGUUGGUACAACAAGGGUCAAAAAUUAACAGCCCACCCAGUUGUCUCUUGGGAGUAACAUGGUUUCUAAUGAACAAAGCUCCAAAGUUUGAUUGAUUCAACGAAAGUAUAGGUAAUUAUUGACCGAAACCCCCUUCCCGGAUGGUAUUCUCGCAAAUGUCAAAAGAUCUAACUGUCUGCUUGGUUUCAUCAAUGCUGAUGUAACGAUUUGUCAGUGAGGCGCAAAGCCGAUUCUUGUGAAUCCGGAACAUCACCAAUUUAUUCGUUAGCCAACGCUGUAUGGAUUUAAACGUUAUACACGCAUUUUUACAAUUAAAUAAAAACUUGAUUCAUUAAAACGAAAA